AUGACCGACAAUAGACCAAAUCCUCCUCCACAAACCAGUGAAAUAACUGUUCCUGAAAGCUCGAACCAGCUCAGUAGUCGAGUCAAACUGGGUUGGAAAUUUGUGAAAAAUAUCAUCAAGAAACUUUCAAAACGCUUCAAGCGUUCCCGCAACCGCAUUCCUGCGAUCCAGAAUGUCGAACUUCAAGGCGCUUCAUCGAGCGAGAAUAUCCAGGACACGUUACAUCCGCAUCUGUUCACCGACAACACGCAUCUCACCCCAGCUGAAAAUCUCAGUGAAUGCGUCAACCAAGGGACAUCCGGAGAACCUGCUUCGAAGGUUCUCGACGUCCCCUGUGGCUCAGAGGAAACCCCUGGUUCUAAACCGGUUAGUGCCGAACUUCAGGUUGCCCACGAGGCUUUAGAACACAUGAAAACACCCUUGAGACCUGCGCAGCAUGCGAUAUCCGCUGUCAGCAAUGCCCCAGCAGGUCUUACUGCCGUAGAUAAUCUCCAGACCGAUUACCUCCAACCCCUUAAAAUUUUCAACACCGCCAUUGACAAGAUCGCAAACGUGCAUCCAUACGCAAAGAUGGCGUUGGGCGUACUUUCUGCUGCAGCCAACAUCAUCCUUACUCAAGCGGAGCGCGACAAAUCAAUAAAUGACCUUCUCAAGAAAUUAGAUGAAGUUUAUGGUUUCAUCACCCAAGACGAUAAUCUUUCCAAGGUUGAAUCGAUGCGUGAUGUCAUCGGAAAGAUCGCUCAGCAGACUCUCGAGUGUGCCCGUUUCAUCAGGGAAUACUCGGAGACGAAGAGCUUCUGUGAGUCCUCGAAUUAUUGCAUUCGCAAACCGGUCUUAUACUCACUAUGA